AUGGAAGAUGCGAAUGCGCGCAAAAAUUUCAUAAGCAAUUGUUUGGGAAUAUUCAGGGCUACUAGAGGCAGAGGAAUUGUGAUCAGCAGUGAAGCCAAGACUGCAUUGGGUGUGCGGGGUCCAGCAGAUGUUGUCAAUUUGAUGGCGGUUUGGGGAUUGGGCAGAGAAAGGGGCAUGGAAGGAUUAGGGGACACUCCGAGAUCAGUGGUCAUAAAUGAGGGUUUAAAGAGAAGCUCUUUCAGAGGAGUGGUGGAUGUGGUCUACGGUGGGGAAAGGAGUGCUACUAAGGAAGCUGAAAUCAGCGAGACACAGAAGAAUAAAGCAAAUAAUGGAGACAAGGGAAAGGGAAAGAGAAAAGCCGAGGAUAGCAAGGAGGUGAAAGAGAAUGAGCCACCUCAAAUAAGCAAGAGGCAGGCAAAGAAACAGAGAAUGGAAGCACUAAAGGCCACUGAAUCCAAUUCGAGCUCAUCUAAAGAGACAAACCCAAGAGAAUCGACUUUCACAGUCAUAGAUACUCAUAAUACAAUAAAAGCGCAAGCAAAAAGUUGA